AUGUUCUACUGCAGUAUGAUGCUACUAGACACUGAAACCCGCUACAGCAUGAUGGAAAAAUUGGCACUCACACUCAUUACAGCAAAGAAGAAGCUACGACAGUAUUUUGAAAGCCAUGCCAUCAUUGUAUAUACGGACUACCCACUGAAGCAAGUGUUGAACAAACCCGAUCUCUCCGGUAGAUUAUCCAAGUGGGCAAUUGAACUCGGGACGUAUGAUAUACGUUUCUCGCCACGAAAAGCAAAAAAGGGCCAAGUACUUGCAGACUUCCAAGUCGAGAUACAAUCUUUUACCCCAGAUACAUUACCUGAACUGCUGGAAUCAGAAACUGACUGGGUAUGGCCAAUGCAUACGGACGGAGCCUCCAAUUCUCAAGGAGCUGGGAUUGGCAUCGUAUUGGAAGCACCCUCUGGGCUAAAAAUUGAGGAAGCCAUCAGCUUAGAACUGGCACGAGACAUGGGAAUUAGACGAUUGAAGGUCAGAGGGGAUUCAAAGCUCAUGAUAGAACAAGUGGUCGGUAAUUUCGACACCAAGGCACCCCACCUGACUAGCCUAUUGCAAAAGGUAAAUGAAUUACAGUCACAAUUCCAUCAGUUUGAACUCGUACGAGUACCGAGGGACCAAAAUCAGAAGGCCAAAGCCCUCACCAAAUUAGCCUUUGUAGGGGAGCGUUCACGGCACUCCACCAUAUACACAAGCCAAUCACCAAAAGCUUUGGAAAUUUUCUCAACCUCAUUAGAACCUAAGUGUUGGAUGGAUCCAAUCAUUCGUUAUUUGUCUAAAUCUGAGCUACAAACCCAUGCAAAAGACGGCAAGCUUCUGCGUCUUCGAGCUCAACGCUACUCCAUCAUCCAUGGAAAGUUGUACCGCAAGUCCUUUAAUGGCCCAUAUCUUCGAUGUUUGUGUCCAUCAGAAGCUAAAAAACUAUUAGAGGAGAUCCAUGAAGGAGCAUGCAGAAACCACACUAGGGGCCGAAGUUUGGCACACAAAGCACUCACAGCAGGAUACAUGAUGACAGAAGCACGUGACUACGCAAGAAAGUGUGACAAGUGCCAGCGAUUUGCACCCACCAUCCAUAAGCCCGCUCAAGCUUUACACUCCAUCAUUACACCUUGGCCUUUUGCAAAGUGGGGGAUGGACGUGGUAGGGGAACUGCCCAGAGCUGCUGGAGGAAAAUGGUACGCUUUGCUAGCCACCGAUUACUUCACUAAAUGGGUCGUAGCAGAGGCAUACGUCACAGUCAGCAAAACAGACACCGCGAGCUUCGUGUGGAAACACAUCAUCUGUCAAUUUGGAAUACCAUGGGAGAUAGUCAUUGACAAUGGAACCCCGUUCCAAAACGCCAUAGUACAGGAGCUGUGCGACACAUACAAGAUAAAAUUGAGUUUUGCUUCUGUUACCUACCCACAAGGCAACGGUCAAGCAGAAGCUUCCAACAAGGUCAUUUUUGCCAACAUCAAGAAAAACUUGGAAGAUAAAAAAGGCGCGUGGGUAGAAGAGUCACCAAAGGUGUUAUGGGCAUACAGGACAACAAAAAGGUCCUCUACGGGCGAAUCUCCCUAUGCCAUGGUGUAUGGAACAGAGGCUAUCAUCCCAACAAAGGUGGGCCUACCUACGCUUCGAACAGAGCUAGCUUCUGAUCUGACCACAAACAACAUACAGUUGACACACAACCUCGACCUCCUGGAAGAGUUGCGAACAAUAGCACAAAUAAGACACAAAAAUUACCAAAAGGCUGCAGAACGCUACUACAAUAAAAGAGUGCACUCACACACAUUUAAGAAGGGAGACUGGGUUUUGCGUAAAGUCACUGGAAACCCAAAGAAGCUAGAGCCAAACUGGGAAGGACCCUUUGAAAUCAUAGAAGAAGAAGAAGUUCCUCAGCUCCGAAGGAAGUCGUCGCGGAGGCAGACUGGCGAAACAAGCCAGAGACCGGCCAAGAAAGGUCGAACAAAGGACCCUCCCAGGGAUGUGCCAGCUGGGAAAACUUCUAUUCAUCCUCUGGCCCCAGUCGAGAAAGAGACUCCUCCCACCCCAAAGAUCCCUCCUCCGGCUGCGCCCAGCAGGGAGCAAGAUAGGCGGGAGAAGACCCUUGGGGCUAAACUCUCGAGUCGUACCGUUCGAGCAGCAAAGGACCGCAUUGCGCACAUCGGGAAAAACGACCGUGUCAAGGAUGCAAUGGUCAUGGCAGAAAGUAUGACGGUCGACCUGAUCCUAAACAGGACCCUGAAUGAAAUUUCUAGCGUAAGUACUUCCUUGUUUCUCAAGCCUUAG